CCGGUGUUGUCAUGUUCACACUUUCUGUGGGGGGCAAAAGCACGUUGACUAGCUAAAUUCACUGAGCAGCCGGAUGGAUAUCACAGAGAGACAAUAGCUUAUUUCCUUUUUGGCUCUUUCACUCUGGAGGAAUUGGAUUACAUUUCUGUGACAAAAGAAGGAGUUGAAAUAGCAUUGUGAUUGCAUGCAGGAUGCUGUAUUGAGCUAGCAAAACAAUGGCCUUACACGAAUGUUUACAAAGCUCCAGAAAGUGUCCGAAAGGAACAUGAAACUGGAACAUCUUACUAUAUUGAAAGGGAAGCAGCAUUGGGUGUGACGCUUCUUACGGGGACAACUGGUCUGCUUCAGGAGUUUCCCUUCUCUCACCCUGGCCCUUGCCUUACUUGGAUCACCAUUUCAGCCCCCUCCUUGCAAAAAGCAACAGUGUCAGUAAAACUUUUUUUUGCUGGUAUAAAUAGCCAUUCAAUGGCAAUGCACAUUCAGAGCAUCUUCUGGCAAUAAAUGGAGAAGUCAAAUCAGUCAUCUACCCCAUGAGUUAAUGGAUUUUAUUUUAUUUUAUUUUUGUCAUUAGAAGGAUAUGCAUUUGUUCUAUUGACAAAGCUUCUCUCAAACUCCUUUACAAGGAGGGGUCUCCUCUCUCUCGAGCUCAUUUAGGACCUUGUUGUGUUAGAGGCUACUGCUGGCGAGAGGGGUGCAUGUGUUCCUGGACGUCAAAGUUGUAAGAGCUCCCAGAGGUGGAAGAAAUUGCAGACCAGAAGGAUGGGCGGUUUACUCAACUGUGGUUUGCUGAGUGGAGCAGUCAUUGGAGCAAUUCUAGCCAUCCUUGGAGGUGCCUUGAUACCACUUGGAAACUAUUUUAUUGAGAAGACAGUAAAAAAGGAAACAGUCCUUGAAAAUGGUACAAUUGCAUAUGAGAACUGGCUUGUACCCGGGAGUCCGGUCUAUAGGCAAUUUUGGAUCUUUGAUGUGCAAAACCCAAAAGAAGUAAUGGAAAAUGGAUCACAUCCAGUACUCAAGCAGAAAGGGCCUUACACUUACAGGGUGCGCUAUUUGCCCAAAGAAAACAUCACUCAACAUGAUGACUCCACAGUGUCAUUCUUCCAGCCAAAUAUUGCUCUCUUUCAGCCGCAUCUCUCAGUCGGACCAGAAAACGACACUUUCACAAUAGUCAACCUUGCCGUUGUGGCUGCACCUGCUUUGUAUCAAAGUGGCUUCAUACAAGCAUUGUUGGACAUUUGGGUGAAGUCGUCGAAGUCCCAAUUCCUUCAGAACAGAACUGUGAAAGAAAUACUCUGGGGCUAUGAAGAUCCUUUCUUGAAGAAAAUUCCACUUCCAGGAGUUGAAAGGGUUGUUGGUGUCUUCCUUCCGUAUAAUGAGACAUUGGAUGGCCUUUAUAGAAUCCACAAUGGGAAAAAUGACACGAGCAAGACAGCACUCAUCGAGAGUUAUAAAAACAAAAGCACCCUUCCAUACUGGGCCGGAGGUUGUGCUAUGAUCAACGGCACAGAUGGGGCUUCCUUUCCCCCUUUCGUCCAAAAGAGUGCAAGACUUAAUUUAUUUUCUUCUGAUAUUUGCAGAUCCAUCUACAGCAACUUUGACAGUGAACAAACUGUGAAGGACAUUCCACUCUAUCGCUUCAUUGUCCCUCCAGGUGCUUUUGCGUCUCCUCUUGUCAAUCCUGACAACAUCUGCUUCUGCACAGAGAAAGAGAUAUCCCAGAAUUGCACCUUAGCUGGGGCACUGGACAUCAGUUCUUGCAAACAAGGAAAACCUGUAUAUGUUACACUCCCCCACUUCCUCCAUGCAAGUGAAGAAAUUUCUCAAGGCGUUGAAGGCAUGAACCCAAAUCCACAUGAGCAUAUGACCUUUUUGGAUGUAGAGCCAACCACAGGCUUUACACUACAGUUUGCCAAAAGACUGCAAAUCAAUUUGUUGGUGAGGCCUACUACAAAAAUUACCGCCUUAAAACAGAUCAAGCUGCCAUUUCUCUUUCCUAUUUUGUGGCUGAAUGAGACGGCCAUUAUUGAUGAUAAGAAAGCUGAGUUUUUCCGAGGGAAAGUGACCAACAAGAUCAAGCUUCUACAUCUGUUGGAAGCUGUGCUCAUCAUUGCUGGCAGCGUGAUGUUCCUCGGAUUCCUCGUCUCGUUCUUAGUAUGCCGAGCACAGAAAUCAAAAUAAGUAAGGAAACAGGACCGUGGCAGGGUUUUCUUUGACGAUUAUUUCUGUGAUUCUUUAGUUCAAAUAAUAACAGCACUUGGGCACCCACAGCUCUGUGUGUAUGAGACCAUUUUGCACAUGUCGAAGGCAAGGCUUGGGAAAAAGAUGGAUUGAUUGUUAUCAAGCAAAUCUAUACCUUGGCUGAACAUUAAACGUGCUGCUACUCUGAUCCCAGACACCGGGUGGUAUAUCCAAUGAAACUGUACUGUCAAUAGUAGAUAGCUUUUUAGAAGGAAUGUACACAGAUGGUGCUCAGAAAUGAAACUGCCAGAGGCCUCUUGGGCUGCCAAUAUCCUUAUGCAGUGGCUUAAGGCUUAGCGUGUGUCUUCGCACAAUCCUCUUAAGUUUAAG